AUGGCGGCCAAAGUUGAGAGCAAAGUUUUGUCAUCACGUGUAGUUUAGAAAGAAAGGUGAGUGACAAGGAAAAAUGGAAAUCGAGACAGAAAGAGCGAUAUCCGAAAUAAGAGCAAUGUACUGCGAGCAAGACCUUCUUUCUCAGACCGAUGGGUCGGCAUCAUUUAAACAAGGAGCUACACGAGUCAUAGCAGCCGCAUACGGGCCAGUUGAAGUCAGAUCCAACAAGGAGUUGCUAGAUAAAUCAUAUGUAGAGGUGAUAUUCAGAACUAAAGUCGGCCUUCCUGGAUGUGCUGAAAAGUCACUGGAACAAAUUAUCAAAAAAAGCUGCGAACCAGUUAUCUUGACAUCUUUACACCCAAGGUCUGCUUUGACAAUAAUUGUUCAAGUGGUGCAAAACUCAGGAUCUUUGUUUUCAUGUGCUGUCAAUGCAGCUUGUAUGGCCAUGAUUGAUGCUGGCUACCCAAUGAGAUGUACUGUGGCCUCUGUUACAUGUGCUCUCAUGGACAAUAAUGAAAUCCAGCUCGACCCUACUCUGGAACAAGAACAGGAGGCCAGUGCUGUUUUAACAUUUGUGUUUGACAGUAUAAAACAAAGUCUCUUGACUUCUUCUACAAAGGGAAUGUUCACAAUAGAACAGUUUAACCAGUGUCUUUCUGCAUGCAAGGAAGCUUCAGGACAUAUCUUCAAAUUCUUUAGACAAUCAGUGGAAAGAAAGUUAUCAAAGGAUGCCAAGUACCAGAACAUCAACACCAAUCCUCUAGACACCUAAAGAUACAUCACCAAUGCACAAAAAAUGGUAGAUUACGCACUGAAUUCUAUUUUUAUUAUUUACAUUCUAUGACAUAGGUUCAUUGUGUAUUCAUGUUAACACUUCAAGCCAUUCUCUUUUGAGAAGGCCUAGCUUAAACUACUGUACAGUAUCAAAACAAAAACAAACACUUAUAUGAGCUCAGAAAAUAUCCAGAGGAGAUUAACAUGGGGAUAGACCAAAAACAGCAUGGGACUCCUAAUAUGAAUCCCUUGUCUGUAGAGAAGAAAAACAAUUGAGGAAAAGUUUGGUUUGGGCUGCCAUUUGGGUAUGGAUAUUUCCUGAACAUUUGCUUCUCAAACUUAAAUAAGGAAAACAUGAAAACAAGAACUACCAUUGGCAAUUGAAAAAAUUCUACUUUCAAUGCGUAGACUUGUUAUUUCAAAAACUACUUAAUAUAUUUACUAUUAAUAUUGAUAGUGGUAUAUUCUUAGAGUGAUUUCAUAUAACCAAUGAAACAAAUAUAACAGUCGAUGUUUGACAGUUGAAUAAAAAACAAAAGCAAACAAUGGAAUUAGUUUCUACUAAUUUCUGUUAGCCUUUACUAUUAUCUAUUUCAUUGGGUAUAUGGAAUUGCUUCAUCGUUUAUUUUAUAUCAUUAAUUGUAUUGAUUUUUAUUAUCAUUAUUUAAAAUUAUUAUUAAUUAGGCAUUUUGUUAUCAAUAAAAUAUUCUUACGAGAAAAGCAGACUUUACAAAUUUACUCUUUAGAGUUCAAGUAAAAAAUUCUCAGGUUACUGUGUACUUUAUGACCAGCUGAUACAAAUAAUUGAUUGGCACUCAGCCAGUCAUGGGUUGAUCUUGCACCAAUGAUUGAUUGACAAGUGUCAUCUAAUGAUAAAGUACAGAAUGACCAAUUAAAUUCUCAAUUAUGCUAGAUUCUUUGCGAAUUCUUAAUAAAUGUACACAUGUAUCAUGCUGUGAAGAUUCAUUAAGAGUGAGCUGAUGCAUGUUGAAUAUUAAGAGUAUUUAUUCCUUGGAUAAUAAAAUUGUUGUCUAUAAAGAUUU